AUGUCGCACGCGGGUAGAGAACUCAAGUUCUCUCUCUUAGAUCUGAGAGACGAAGACAUCGCGUCGCGCUAUGCUUUCUACGUCACGCACGCCGCUGGCAUUACCUAUGUUUCCCACCUCGCCCCUUACGAAUUCCCCAUGCUAGCAUCCCACACCCCGGCGGAUGUCUGCUCCAUCCAGCCAGGCUGGUGUUUAAACAGCAUCGCGAUUGAGCUUUUGACUUGGAACACGUUGCUGUCGUCAAAUGCAGACCCGGUUAGCUUCUCAAAGGCGAUUAACUUAAUACCCGCUGUCAUGUUCAUGUCAAGAACUAGCCGAAUGUCUAUCACAUUUGAUGCACACAUAUUCCCAGGCUUGAAGAUCAGCCAUAAGAGGGAUAACAUGGAAGAUGCAGUGAGACAUCGCUUCAUCCAGAACCAGAUAUGUCUUUCUCUGAGUCUCUUUACCAUGGUCUUGAUGAGUUCUGCGCCGGCGUUCGUAGGCCGCACGGUGACAACCGGUCUACUACUACAUAAGUCUGGCAUGUACAUGCCAUACCUCUCGCCUUACUUUUAG